CACAUGCAAAUGUCAAAAACCCCUAUUUAUUAUUUUAACCCUCUAAUUUUGCCGGCUUUGGUCCGUUUCCACUUAAUACGCCGUCGUUUUAUACUCUCUUCUUCUCCUCACUCGUCGGUUACUCUAAAAUACUCAAAUCCCACUCUUUUCUAUUUCAUUUCUUCACACUGCUCCGUGUUGACUCACUCUUUCAAUUCGUUCUCUCUGCAUUCUCUCCUCUCUCUUCAUCUGAUCUUGACUACGAGUGUUGUAUUUGAAGUGGAAGUUCAGCUCUAAGAUUAUAUUUGACAAGGAUGUCCAAGACAGCACUUAAGGACCUAAAUACCAUUCCUGUAACUGAAAGGAAGAGCGAGGGCUCCGGUAAGACAUGUUUGACAAAGCCUCCGGUUGACAAUGCUAAUGAAAAUAUUGAAGAAUGUCAAAAGAAGAAAAACUGUCCCGCUUUGGUUUCCCCACAUGUUAAUGGAAAUCAGGCUGUCCCUGUGGAUUCUGUUGUAGAGGUUGGAAUUGUAGAAAUAGAAUACAUUGAAUCCAAGAACUUGAACGAUGUAGAAGAUAUUGAUACUUGUCUCAAGACCCUCUUAGUCGCACUUGACUCGAAGGAUUGGGUCCUGGUCUGUGAUACUCUAAAUAAUGUACGUCGAUUGUCUAUAUUUCAUAAGGAAGCAAUGCUUGAUAUUCUGGGGAGUGUGAUUACACAAAUUGCUAAGGCCCUGAAAAGUCCCAGGAGUGCUGUUAUUAAAACGGCCGUUAUGACAUCUGCUGACAUUUUCUCUGCAUAUAGUGAUCUUAUAAUAGAUUCACUGGAUCCUCUGCUAUUACAGCUUCUUCUCAAGUCUUCACAGGACAAACGCUUUGUAUGUGAAGCAGCAGAAAAAGCCUUGAUAUCAAUGACUAAUUGGAUUUCCCCUAUUUCGUUGUUGCCAAAAUUGCAACCAUACCUUAAGCACAAGCAUCCCCGUGUUCGUGCAAAGGCAUCAAUGUGCUUUUCUCGAAGUGUUCCACAACUGGGUGCAGAAGGCAUAAAAACAUAUGGCAUUGACAAAUUGAUUCAGGUAGCUGCAUCCCAGUUGAGUGACCAGCUUCCUGAGUCCCGAGAAGCAGCUCGAACCCUAAUUCUUGAGCUUCAAAAUGUUUACGAGAAAUUUCACGAUCUCAUACCAGCAGCUGCUGUAUCUAAGGGUCUAGAGACUGAGACAGCAUCUGAGGAUCCCAAGACUGAGGCAGCAUCUGAGGAUCCCAAGACCGAGACAGCAUCUGAGGAUCCUAAGACCGAGACAGUAUCUGAGGAUCCUAAGACCGAGACAGUAACUGAAGAUCCUAAGACCGAGACAAUAACUGAAGAUCCAAAUACCAAUACAGAAUCUUGGGAAAACUUCUGUCAGUCAAAUCUUUCUCCUUUAAGUGCUCAAGCUGUACUUCGCGUGACCAGUAUUGCACGGGAAGGUCUUGUUUCAUGACACAUACAUCAGUUAGUGCACUUCAUUAUUUUCUGGUUUGCAUGCCAUUUUCUUCUGUAAAUACAGUGCAACGAUUGAGAUUUUUGAGUUGCCGUUCCAUGCACGUAUUGAGCCAAAGAUUUAUGGUGUAUUUUUUUACUUAUCCGUGGUUACCUAUGCCUACCCUUGAUUGAUAUUUGAUAGAUAAUAUAAGUUACGAUUCUGGCAUUGUCUCCUUCAA